AGGACAUAACAGUCCAGUAGCGAUCGCGCCGGUCAGUCCGUGGUCCCCGCGCGAGUCGUCAACACACUAGCGCGCGCAAAUCCGAUCCGCCAUGUUGUUUUAUUUGACAGCCGUUUUGUUACUGGCCAGUGCGCAGGCUAAAUUCUACAAAGAUUGUGGAUCAAAACUAGCGACAGUAGAGUCGGUGGGCGUGAGCGGCUGCGCGGAGAACGCCAAGGAGUGCGUGCUGAAGAGGAACAGCAAUGCCACCAUCAGCAUCGACUUCACACCUUCGACGGAGGUGAAGAGCGUGGAGGCGGUGGUGCACGGCAUCAUCAUGAGCCUGCCGGUGCCCUUCCCGCUGCCGCAGCCCGACGCCUGCAAGGACAGCGGGAUCAGCUGCCCUGCCCCGUCCGGCACUAAAGUCAGCUACCGAGCCACGUUGCCGGUGCUCAAGUCCUACCCGAAGGUCACGGUGGAGGUCAAGUGGGAGCUGAAGACAGAAGACGGAGAAGACCUGGUCUGCAUCCUUAUACCGGCCAAGAUCAACUAGGCACAGACCUAUACUUACUUCGAUGCAUCCUGAAUAUCACCACUAGGAGUUUUUUAAUACAUAAACACAUUUUGACAUCAUGAUUUGCUGAACCAGCAGUGAAAAUUAGUUAAUUUUCUGGGGCGAGGCACGAUUUUGUGUCCUGUUUGCUCUUUUAAUAAGGUCGAUAGAUAGAUAUCAUUUGCACUGGACGUGACGUCAAAGUAUAGUGUUUUUGUAAGAUCCUCACUCUUUCUCUCAUCUUCAAACUU